CGCAGCUCGAAUUGUAUCUUGUGCCCAGGAAACCAAGCAUAUAAGUCCAUCCGACAGGACGUUAAGUCGAGAUCGUCAGGGCACUCCAGGGUGUAUGCCUUCCACUUUGAUAGACGUUUCCAUCAAAUCUACGAGUCAAGAUGUUUUCCCCGUCCCAAGUACUCCCAUUCCUCGACAUCGUCACCAACGAGGUGGUGACGGAGGUCCGGCGGGAGGACACUACUGAUGAUGCCGACACUAUUGCGUACAACACCAAGAUGGCUGCCACGGAGAAAGCAGCCUUCGACGCGAAUGCCUUAUCACUUGGUGAGCAGUCAGAUCCAUCGGGCUUCGCUGCGCCGCCAGCCAGUAAACCAAUCGGUAAGACGAAAGAGCAACAGGAUGCUAUCAAGGAGGUCACCGAUUUCCUCAAGGGCGAGAAGGGCAAGGGAGCGGCGUUGACCAUGAAGACCAUGGUGGCGGCUGCGACGCCCAUUCUCGUCAAUUUCGAUGAGCUCUUGACUCAGCCCAACUUGGACAAAUACAACGCAACGCUCAAUACGUCACCUAUUCUCAACAAGACUUCCACGGGCACUGGUGCUGGCACCGUCACAGAGAGCUGGGCUCACUUCGACAACUUACCUGCAGAAGCUGACACGACCAAGGGUGCGGUCCACAUGUUUCCUUACAAUGGGUCAUUCUAUCUCAGUGUUGGAAGGAGUCUGUGGAAGAAGGAACCGCGGCCCAUGACAGACACGAAACGGGCCGAUGCCAAAAACAAUUGGCCCAAACUGUUCCUUGACGGUUGGAAGAAGGUCGGUGACAAAUGCCUACCUGCAGAUAAUCUAGUCACAGUGGCAACUCAUGCAGCCGGCACGACUGCUGAUGCGGUACCUACGUUCAGUCUUUUCGUGGCAGGGCCGGACGGCAGAUUGAAAGUCUUCAAAGGCAAUGACCUCGUCGACAAUAUCUCUUUCAACGACGUGAAGUGGAAACAGCUCUGUUACUAUGCAGGAAAGCUUUUUGGGAUCGACACAGGCUCGUUCUCUUGGAAUAUCACAGUCGAUUCCAAAGACCCUACCAAGGUCGACAUCAAGGACAAAACAUUGCAAGCAUCAACGGACGGUUUGAGCUCUAACGAGCAAGGUCUGGUCGCGCUUCGGAACAAGAAGCUCUGGAGGCAGAGGGUCUCUUUGCUAUUAGGGUCGAAAACUGACUUGUUUAAGCCGCUCCGAAUCGUAGCUACCUAG